AUGAGCUCUAGAGAUGCCUCGCAUUCUGGUUCCUGGUACUCGGGCGACCGUCGUACCCUCACGAGCCAGCUCGAUCAAUGGCUAGCUCAGGUGCCUGACAGCAUCGAGGGGCUGGGUUCUCUGCCAGUGCCCGGGGCACGUAUAGUCAUUGCUCCACAUGCGGGAUAUGCGUACUCCGGGGCUUGUGCCGCCUACGCCUACAGGUCCCUGGAUCUGUCCAAAGCGAAGCGGAUAUUCAUCCUCGGUCCCUCGCAUCAUCGUUAUUUCACGAGUCUUGCUCUCCCCAAACUGACCAGCUACUAUACCCCGCUAUCUGACGACCCUCUCCCGCUCGACACCGAGCUUAUUGACCAACUCCGCUCAACCUCAGCUGUCAAGCCCGAUGGCUCAACCAUCCAGUUCGAAGCCAUGUCUCGAGCCGUCGAUGAAACUGAACACAGUAUCGAGCUUCAUCUCCCCUAUAUUCAUCGCCUUCUGCAACUACAACACCCCGACAAGCCAACUGCAGAGUACCCUCCACUAGUACCCAUUCUAGUGGGCAGCACCUCUACAACGACAGAGGGUGCAUUUGGGGCUUUGCUCGCCCCAUACCUACAAGAUCCAACCAAUGCCUUUGUCAUAAGCUCAGACUUUUGCCACUGGGGUCUGGACAGCUUCCGCUACACGUACUACGUCCCGCAAGCUCCUAAGCCGGGGCCAAGACUGCCGUUAUCGUCGGAUGAAUUGCCUCAGCCAGACGACAGUGUCAGCGACAUAGGAGAUAGAAUCGAGGUCGCCUGUGCGGGCCAUCACCUCCAGCGUAAAGACCGCAUACGGAGAGAAGAGCCCAAGAUCCACGAGAGUAUCUCCGCAUUCGACAUCGCAACCAUGGCAGCAAUCGCCACAGGAAAGACCGCGAAAUUCACAGAUAUACUUGAAAAGACAGGAAACACUGUUUGCGGUCGACAUCCCAUCGGCGUCAUAAUGGCCGCCAUCGAAGCGGCCGGGGCACAGGACGGUGCCGAGGGGAAGUUCCGCUUUGUUCGAUAUGAGCGCAGCAAGGACAUUACGGACGACGUCCACAGUAGCUCAGUGAGCUAUGUUUCGGCGUUUGCCGUGGUGUAA